CGCUCUCACUCACUCUCUCUCGCAAUUUUUUCUUUUCUCUUUCGCUUGUUUCGUCCGAAAUACCGGAGACCCGUUACGAUGCAUUACCAGGCCGAGUCGUGGGGCAACUACAUGCCGACCCGGAACGCCGGACCCGACCCGCUGGAGCGAAUCGAGCGGCUGGCGUCGGAGAACGCGGUGGUCAUCUUCAGCAUCAGCACGUGCUGCAUGUGCCACGCGAUAAAACGGCUCUUCUGCGGCAUGGGCGUGAAUCCAACGGUCUACGAGCUAGACGAGGACCCACGUGGGAAGGACAUGGAGAAGGCUCUGAUGAGUCUCUUGGGUGGGCCAUCUGCCGUCCCUGUCGUUUUCAUAGGUGGAAAGCUGGUAGGAGCCAUGGACCGAGUCAUGGCUUCUCAUAUCAAUGGAACGUUGGUUCCCCUUCUGAAAGAAGCUGGUGCUCUUUGGCUUUGAAAUUGGUAGUAAGAAAACAAGAAAAGAAUAGAAAUAGAAAUAGUCAGCCAGAAUAGAUAGAUAGAAAGAUAGAGAAUGGAAGGAGGGGUUGCUUUCUUUUGCUUCUUCUUCGUUUUGCAAUACACCACUAAUCUGUUGUUUUCUGCUUUCUUUGGGUUUUUUUCUCAUUUGGGUUUUGCUUUUUUUAUUGAGAGAGAGAGAGAGAGAGAGAGAGAGAGAGAGAGAGAGAGAGAGAUGUAAUUGCUUGCUUCUUUGUAUAUAAAGAAAGAGGAAAAAAAAACUGAGUUGGGUUGUUGGUUUUUCUUCAAUGCAAAUGGUUUUCUUCUUCUU